AGUUACAAAAUGGAUAUAAUUCGAUUAGCAAUUUUUGGAAUAGUUUGUUUUUGUUCGAUACAAUUAAUUUCAACAAAAGGCUGGAUUGUUUAUAUAGAUCGCAUCGAAUAUGAAAAUUAUCGUGAAGAUGUCAUAACGAAUAUUAGAAGUGAAAUGCAUAAAAUUAGUCGAACGGAAUCAGCACCCACGGUACAUUUUACGUUACUUCGAGAAAUGUCAAAUAUUAUUCUCAGUGUGGGACUGUACCAAAUUAAUGGAGUCCAAAAGUCAAAAUUACCAUUCAAUAUCACUGGUGAUUUAUGUAAUUUUAUCGCCAAAGAUUUCCUUGUUAUAAAAGAUAUUAAAAAACUUGGAUUAACCAAUUGUCCAUUGGAAGCAAAAGAAUGGGUUUUAGAAAAAAUUAAAGUCGAUGCGAAAAAUUUACCAAAUUUACGUUUAAUUGGACAUUUUAUGUUAAAAUUUGUAUUUUUCUACGAGAACAAACCGUUAGCAAUGGCAAAUAUUUAUCUGACAACACGAGAUGGUGGAAAAUCUGGCACGAAAAACAGUGAUCCACCAAAAUUUAUUGAUAAUUCGUAUCGUGAAUAUUAUCCAAGGCUGUCUGAUACUUUGUAAAUGAGUCUGGUAAUAAAUUGUU